CCCCACCCCACGCGGGCACCGCAGCUUCUGUGGCUCACUCCAGGCCGGGGAGAGACACUCGGUUUGGAGCCCCCAAGUCCGGUGCGGCCCUAGCCAGCAGCUCCGACGUCAGAGGCGAAGGCGGCCGGACUCAGGGGCUGGCGCCCUCUCCUCCGCCACCCUCCUUUCCUUCCAGACUCGCCGUGCCCUGCCCUGCCGUGCCCUGCCCAGCCUCGGGUGCCCGCCUCUUUCGUUCUUCUCACCCUCCUCUCUCUCGUCCUCGCUCCUCUCUCUCCCGUUGCCCCUUUUUGGCCCCCGGCCCCAGCCCUCAUGGAGGAGCCCGGUGCCCACCCAUGUCCAGCCUGGUAGGUGGCGGGCUGCCUGCACCGCAUCCCCAGCUCUGUCCGGCCGCGUGGGGGGGGCUCCGUCCUGCGCAGCAGCCCCAUCGCUGCUCCUGCGCCGGGAUGCCAGGCUGGAGGAAGAACCUUGCCUUGUGCCUGCAGCGGAUGCAGGAUGAAGAUGAUGGCCCUUAUUCAAAGGGAAGUAAAGAUUCAGGUGGUGCAGACACAGCCCUGGUCUGCCGAAGGCAAAGUAUUCCAGAGGAGUUCCGAGGGGUCACCAUUGUGGAGCUAAUCAAGAAGGAGGGGAGCACUUUAGGGUUAACCCUAUCCGGUGGCACUGACAAAGAUGGGAAGCCUCGAGUCUCCAACCUGAGGCCUGGCGGACUAGCGGCCAGAAGUGACCAGCUAAACGUGGGGGAUUACAUCACCUCCGUGAACGGGAUCCGCCUAACAAAGCUGCGCCAUGAUGAGAUCAUCAGCCUGCUGAAGAACGUUGGGGAGCGGGUGGUGCUGGAGGUGGAGUACGAGCUGCCCCCUGCUGCCCCUGAGAACAGCUUAGGAAUAAUCCCAAAGACCAUCGAGGUCUCCCUGUAUAAGGAAGGCAAUAGCUUUGGCUUUGUACUCAGAGGGGGAGCCCAUGAAGACUGGCACAAAUCCAGACCACUCGUCCUCACCUAUGUGAGGCCAGGGGGCCCAGCUGACAGGGAGGGAUCCCUGAGAAUUGGGGACAGGCUGCUCAGUGUGGAUGGCAUCCCACUUCACAACCUGACCCACACAGAUGCUCUCAACAUCCUUCGACAAUGCAGCCAGGAGGCCCUCUUCCAGAUUGAAUAUGACGUCUCCAUUAUGGAUACGGUAGCCAACGCCUCAGGUCCUUUAUUAGUGGAAAUAGCCAAGAUGCCGGGCUCUACUCUGGGAAUCUCGCUCACCUCUGGCACCCACAGGAACAAACAGGUCAUUGUGAUUGACAAGAUCAAGCCAGCCAGCGUGGUAGACAGGUGCGGGGCCCUGCACAUUGGCGACCAUAUUCUGUCCAUCGAUGGCACCAGCACCGAGCACUGCUCCGUGCUGGAGGCAAUGCAGCUGUUAGCCAGCACCACAGAGAAUGUCAAGUUGGAGAUCCUGCCAGCUCACCAGAGCAGGCUGCCCCUGAAGCCUCCUGAUGCAGUGAAGGUGCAGAAGAGUGACCAUCACCACUGUUGGGACCCCUGUGUCAACUACUGCCCCAGCCACCAUCCCAGCCAUUGCAAGACACCCACCUGGAAUCAGCCCUCCAGCCAGGAUUACUGCAAACCCCUGUCUGCAGCCCCUUUCUCCUCACCGAUGCUGAAUGCUCAUGGCUUCUCUUGCCCGAGCUCGAGCACACUACCUCGGAGCACCCAACCCAUGAGCCCCCGGGCAACCAUGAUGAGGAGAAGACAGAGGAAAAAGGAGUACAAAAGUUCAUUGUCCCUUGCCUCCAGCACUGUGGGGCCUGGUGGCCAAAUCGUGCACACAGAAACAACAGAAGUAGUCCUUAGGGGUGACCCCCUGAAUGGCUUUGGACUCCAACUCCAAGGUGGAAUCUUCGCCACAGAAACCCUUUCUUCCCCACCUCUCAUCCGCUUCAUUGAGCCCGACAGCCCUGCUGAGAGAUGUGGCCUGCUGCAGGUUGGAGACAGAGUACUGUCCAUCAACAGCAUUGCCACGGAAGAUGGCACCAUGGAGGAGGCCAACCAGCUCUUGCGGGAUGCCGCCCUAUCAAACAAAGUCUCGCUGGAGAUUGAGUUUGAUGUAGCAGAGUCAGUGAUCCCGAGUAGUGGCACCUUUCAUGUGAAGCUACCCAAGAAGAGAGGAGUGGAGCUGGGGAUAACCAUAAGUUCUGCAAGCAGGAAGCCUGGAGAGCCCUUGAUUAUCUCUGACAUCAAGAAGGGGAGCGUGGCACACAGGACGGGCACCCUAGAGCCAGGGGACAAACUGCUUGCCAUUGACAACAUCCGACUGGACAACUGCUCCAUGGAGGACGCUGUGCAGAUUCUGAGGCAGUGUGAGGACCUGGUGAAACUGAAGAUUAGGAAGGAUGAAGACAACUCAGAUGAACAGGAAACAACAGGAGCCAUCAUUUACACAGUGGAGUUGAAGAGGUACGGGGGCCCACUGGGUAUAACUAUCUCAGGGACUGAGGAGCCUUUCGAUCCAAUUGUCAUCUCAGGAUUGACCAAGCGAGGACUGGCAGAGAGGACUGGAGCCAUCCACGUUGGUGACCGCAUCUUAGCCAUCAAUAAUGUGAGCCUUAAGGGCAAGCCCCUCAGUGAAGCCAUCCACCUUCUCCAAAUGGCAGGAGAAACAGUCACCCUAAAGAUCAAAAAACAAAUGGAGCGAGGCUCCUACCCUAAGAAGUCAGGAGGACUGAAUGAAGCCAGCGACACAGAGGAAGAUCUCAGUGAGGCGCAGAAGCCUGGCAAGCUGGCUGAGAUCUACGCCACCACUGUGCCCAGCAUAGACAGUGCCAUGGAAUCAUGGGAUGGAUCUGGGGCAGAAGGCGGCUAUGGGAGCCAAGGCACGUAUGUACCUCCAGCUGCAGGAAUCAGCCUGCAUCCCCAGGAGUGGCGGCCCAGUAGGGUGAAGAGCAGCCCCCCUCCUGGGGAGCCCAGAAAGACCAGCUACCCCUACCCGGAUGGGAGCUUCCCUGAGGAUGAAUGGGACAAGCCCACUAGAUUCCCCGGCCGCCACAAUGGCCCGGAGCCCGCUCACGAGGAUAAUUUUUGGCGUGUUUUUGGAGAAGCUCUGGAGGACUUGGAAACAUGCGGCCAGUCUGAGCUUCUGAGGGAGAUUGAGGCUUCCAUCAUGACAGGGAAUGUGCACAGCUUGGGCCUAGACAGCAGCCCUGUGACCUUGGACCCAUCAUCAGGGUCAACUGGACGAAGCCCCUGGUGGAAAGGAACCUUCCAGCAGGGGAACCGGGAACCAAGUGAGGACCACGUGGGCCCUACCAAGGUAGCAGAAGAAGGCUUGAAAAUGCAGACAGUCAAGGAGGAGAUGCUGGAAAUCAUGUCACCGACUCCUCUCGAAUUAUAUAAGUUGACUCUUUGGAAGGACCCAGUGAGUGAAGAUUUUGGCUUCAGCGUCUCUGAUGGCCUGUUGGAGAAGGGUGUCUACGUCAACAUGAUCCGUCCUGGUGGGCCUGCUGAUCACUGUGGCCUCAAACCGUUUGACCGAGUCCUUCAGGUAAAUCACAUCCGAACUCGAGAUUUUGACUGCUGCCUGACUGUGCCACUCAUCUCUGAGGCCGGAGACAAGCUGGACCUAGUCAUAAGCCGGAACCCUCUGGCAAUGCCCAACAGCAUGCAGCAGGAGGAGAACAGAGUAAUGCCCAGUUCACCCUCUGUGGGUCUGGAGAUGAGGGACAGCACCCGGAUGCUCUGAAACCUGACCCUGCACCUGAAAGUCUCCCCUAUGGCAGAGGCACUGGGGACAUCCAACAUGACUGUGCCUCUGUACCCCAGUGCUGGAACUGGGGCUAGAGAAGGCAGGGGGCAAGGUUCUGAAAGAGGUCAGACCACCCAGAACGGCUCCUUCUGGCCCCUCAGCCUCACCUUGGGUCCCUGGGCUGCUGAAAAGUAGCUGAGGUCAAGACCUGUGCUCUCCAUCCAUCUUUCCUGCCUUGAGCCCAGGCUGUCCUCCAGCUGGUAUCGAGUUGAGGCUGUCCUUUUGCCUUUCUGCUCCCAUCUCAGAGGGUCUGCACACUCUCCAAAUGUGCAUUUGCACUCAUACAUACACACACACACGGUGCUAUAUUCCUUGGACAGCAUUUGUGUGAAGACCUUACCCAUCAUAUCUUGUCAUUUCCAAGGUGGCCAUCACAUCACACACCUUUCUCUUUCCCUCCCUCCAUGUCAACAGCCAUUUGGGCACAUUCAUCAGAUGUGGCCUGACCUGAACCCCCAUUCCCAUAUUCUCUGUUCCUGGGGCCUGUCUUUUUGGCAGCAAAGGCUGCUUUAUUUGCAGAGAGAUUGAGUUGGGGUCUUCUGGUCAUACAGCCAUAGAUAGUUAAAGCUGAAAGGGACCUUCGAACGUAGAAUGUCAGAGCUGGGAAGCACCUUACAUGGUAAAAUGUUGGAGCUGGAGUGGCCUUAGAAUAUAGAAAGUUGGAAGAGAACUUAGAUCCCAUCUAAUCCAAUUCCUUUUAUUUUCCGGAGGAGGAAAUGAUUCCAGAGAAG